AUGGCACUGCUGACCGCUCAGAUUUUACGACAGCUAAGUAGACGGCUGUUUUCACGUGGUCGGAGACGUGCUCUUCUGAAUCCCGUCAAGAGCGCGUCGUUGUUAACAAAUAAUCAGCAAGCGACGAGGAACAUUCUAUUCAAGAUGAGUAAUGAUACACCACCUCGUGUUGUUGGUUACUAUGUUAUUUUUCCGGUAAUUCCUGAUGAAACGGUAGAAAACAAUAAAUAUUUGGCCAAUAUAGCGUCAAGCACUGACUGGCCACUUCUAUCAUCUGCGACUCCGAAAGAAAUGUACGAAGGAACGUUGCGUUUAAUGAUGGAAUAUGGCGCUACUGUAAUGGAACACUUGGAACAUCUUAAGACAGGUCUCUUCACUUCAAUGAUAUCCACAUGCUCAUUCUGUCUCAGUGGCAAUAUACCAUCGUGUCGUGAAUUUACUCAGUUGAAUGGAAUUUCAGCGAAAGAAGAUGAACGUUCAUUCGAAACUGUUGUUGAUCCGUUGUUGACAGAAGAGUACGAUGUGAAUUAUGCCUUUCAGACAUUAAUUUUGAAGAUGUUGACUGAUUGGCCUUUGUGUAGUAAUCGUGAAUUCGAAUCUGAUAUGCAUCAUAUGAAAAUAAUGUGUGUAAGAGAUCAAAUGGAAAAAUUAACGGAUGAACAUUUCCAGAAUGCAGUUAAGUUUUUGUACGAUAAACGACAGCAUGAUAUGGAUGCAUGGAAAAUUCGUUUACUGGAAUAUUACUUGUUGGAAAUGAAGGCGAGUGGCUUGGAUAGGCACGAUGAGAAGACACGUAAAAUUAUUGGUUCAUGGUCGAGAUUUGUUGAUGAAUACAGAGCAAAAUACUUGACGAAUAUAAUGACGACGAACGAUCAGAAUACAUUUACAGUCACCGAUCGCGCAAUCUUGAAAGAUGCACCACCACAUGUUUUGCGAAUGCUUGCAACAGAUCAAUUGGAAGUCGACAAGGGUCCGUGGCGUGCUCGAAUGGCACCGCAGUCAAUAAUGCCUUUUAUGCAGUAUUGCGGUGACCGAAGUUUAAGGGCAGCAGCAUGGGAGAAGUGGACGUCGAGAGCGAGUUUUGAGCAUGACUUCUACAAUAACUCAGUGAAUAUCGAAGAGUUACGGCAUAAUAAUGAAGGAUGGGCAAAAACACUCGGCUACACGUCCGUCUCUGAGCAUCGUCUAUCGAACAAAAUGGCUGGAACACCCGAUACUGUUCGCAGUUUUAUAUUGGCAUUGACAAAACGAAUGCGUCCAGUUUUUAUGGAUCGUAUCGAAGCGUGGUCAACGUUUGCAUCUGCAAAGGAGAUGAUUAGUGGCGAAUUGCAGCCGUUCGAUUUGUUUUAUAUUUGCCGAAAAGAGGCAGAAGAUCAUUACGAUGUCGAUGCGUUGGGUCUGAUGAAACAUUUUCCAUUUUGGCCAACCUUUACGAAUCUUAUCGAUAUUUUGUCGCAUAUCUUCAAUCUUAAAUUCGAGGUUGGCCGUUCACUGCAACUGCUUUUAUCAGAAUCGCCAUACCGUGAUAUCACAAUUCCAUGGUCACCGAUGUAUGCGCUGGAUUGGGAUGCAGCGGAUCUUUUACCUGCCUUCACACAGUUCUUCAUGUAUAAACCAAAUCUGCUAAAUGUACUCUCAUCAAAACAUUCGGAGACAGGUGAGGUAAUGUCGGAGGUGAGAGCCAACACUGUGGCGAUGGGUCUUUCACGUGCCACUUUGUGGGAGUCUUAUCGAGCACUGUUUUGGGCCGAUUUUGAUUUAUCGAUUUUUGAAAUGGAAGAUCGAAAAAAGAAGUUUUGGCUGGAUAUGUAUCGUGAGUUGUACAAAGAGUAUUUCCCGUUCAAGCUGGCCAGAUACGACUACCAUCCUUGUUCAUUCACGCCGAUUUUCGCGAUGCAACCCUAUAUGAGUAUGUACUACCGGAAGCUGUGGACUGAGAUGCUAGCGUUGGAUAUUCACGAAACGUUUGAUAUCGAGAAUGAUGUGCGCAGUACGGGUGAGCGUUUGAAGAGUACGAUGUUGGUGAAAGGAGCCGGUGAUAUUCAGGGCGAAUUGUUCCGAAGAUUUCAGGUGGGAUGCACGCCUCUUUUAAUUAUUCAGUCUGGGAAUAAUUCGUUGUUCGUGUUUCAGGGUCGCGAUCCUAGUGUUGGCGCAGUUUGUGAUUUCUACGAUCCGCCGUCAUAUUAUCAGUUCAACGAUUUUGAUGAGACAAGGCAGUCCUCGCAAAAAGCAUAA